GCACUUCCUUGCGAAUCACGUGACUGGUCAUGGCUGCUCCAGACUGGUGGAAUCAACGCAUAAGACCAAAGUACAAAGACAUCGCAGCGGCGCUGCGUCCAUCUGUUCUACUGGAUGAAUUGUUGAGCGAAGACCUCAUCACUCUGGAAGACUUCAAUAAUUUUCAUCAGAUUGACCGCACAGAACUGGAAAGAACGCGCAGAUUCCUGACAGGCAUUUUGCCUCAUGGCGGCGAGGACAGACUCGAUAAGUUGUGUGAGAUAUUAGCGACAGUCAACGGCCAAAAGCAUAUAGUUGAUCUGAUAGGCCAGCGCGUUAAUAUCGAACCUCAAAAGGAGAGAGAAGAGGUAGAGGGGCGUGCCAACACUUUCGACUUGUCCGAAACUGGUCGACUAGUUCAACAACCCGUGUCUGUGGGAAAUCAGUCUGAAUUUAUUCAGGAGACAGCCAGUGGUUCAGAAGUUGAGUGCGGGAACACUGACCUCUUGACUGCUAUUCCUGCUGGAAAGAGAGAAGAUAGACAGGAUCAUCACGUGGCACCUGAUAUUGUGCCUCGUAUUAGUCCACCGACUCCUAAAGAAAUAGAAUUUAAUCGACUUUGCUAUGCUGUACAAAGACAUGGCUCUUCAAGAUGGCUGGCACUAGGAUUGGCACUUGGCUAUACAGUUAACCAAGCAACUGUGCUCACAAAUACUGUUAUUGACUUUGCUGAUAAACUUCAAAUCUUAUUAGACAAAACCGCACAAGUUCAUGGUUAUGAUUUGGCAAUAAUGGAAAUACAACAAGCGUGUCAAAAGAUAUCACCUCCAAUAUUUGGUGCAGUGAAAGACGAGCUGGGCAGACACUAAGGCAACAAUAAACUGAGCUGUGUUACUUUAGACUAGCAAACAGGUAUUAUAGUCUGACUUUAUAAUGUUUUUCAAAAAUUAUUGUAGUUCUAAUUAGGAGUUACACUUGUAAUUACAUGAAUUGUAUUUCUUUGUACAAAACUUCAGCUAUCACUUUUGUGGGUAAUCUCUCUAGAUAAGAAACUCAACGGGGCAGUGUCAUUGGUCACUGCUAUCCAUUUUGAAAACAAGGUUUAAAUCAAUUUCAAUAGUAUAUAGUGAUUUUUAGUUUAAGAAGU